UUGGCCGUUGCCGUGGAGACCAGGCGCGCUCCACCUACCGCGCCGGCAGCCAGAAGGCUCUGCGCGUGCGUCCGCAGCGCGCCACGGGCCAAUGAGGGCUCGCGAGAUUGGACUUCCGGCGUCCGGGACUGUCACUUGGCUGCCGGCGUCGGGCCACGCCGGUGACGGCCGGAGAGCGCCGGGUCGGGGCCGGUUUUGCGGAAGGGUCUGGAGACCCGAGGUGCGGGCAGUGAGGACGUGCGGGCAGCGAGGACGUGCGGGCGGAGAUCCGAGGCACGGGCAGCCGAGCCCGGGGGCCCAAGGCCAGUCCCCGGCCUCAGUUUCCCGGGGUGCGGCGUGUGCGCCCCCCAAGCCACGUGCUCCGGCCUCCACGCCGUCCCGACGCGGCGCCCUUGACGGAUUGGGAGAGAGGCCCGGAGCCUGAGCGCCCGCACCUUUCUGCAGGUUCCGAUGGCGGCGGCGCAGACAGACCCGGCGCAGGGUAUUCCACCUAUUGUUGAGUGGAGAACAGAAGCAGAGGGGCGUGGCGGUGUGCAGGGAGGAGGCUACUGUCACAGUCCGGGCAGUGCAGGUGCGAAAAGCCGUUGGAUUCUGGAUAGAUCUGCUGAUGCAUCAAGUGCGGGGUAUGCGGGAGUGUCCUGAGUGAAGGGCCAGUCUAAGGUUUUCCGCCGGAGCACCCAAAAGAAUGGAGCUGCCUAGCACUUUCACAGGUCCUCCCCCAGGCAGUGGGGCCAGGAUUUGGUAGCUGGUGCUGAAAUUGAAAACCCUUGAUUGUAUCCUUGCCCUGGGACUGUGCCAGUGGCAACUGUCACUCAAUGGGACAGAGAAAAAAAGAACGGAACUGCUGUAGACAAAAUUAGGAAUUUGAAGGGAAAGUAGAUUUCAGGGGGAAAUUGGGAAGAGUCUGUGCUGUCUCAGAGUGGAGGUGUCACAUGGACCUGGAAUUGUAGAUGUCCGAGGACAGAGUCCUGAUGUUCUGAGUGAGGUGGAGCCUAGGAAUCAAACUUAGGAAGAGGACAUCUCACAGACUCAGCCAGGGAUAGGCAUGGGCAGUCAGGGCUCUAGGGAGAUGAGGAAUGGCUGGCAGUCCCUGGGGCUCUCAGGGGAAGUCUGGCAGGUGGCUGAGGGAAGGGAAGGUGGCAGCCACCUGAGGAGGAAAUAGAGGGGGCCUGGCUAUGGAGGGAGGAGGGAAGUGGCUUCUUGUGUGCCCACCAGAUCCUUGGCGCCACCCCUGUGGCAGCUGGAGGGGAUCAGCCAGUCCUUCAGGUUCAAAGAGCAGCCUUGAAAUGUCAGGCAAGUUCAGCAGGAGAGGGCAUACCUACAGGGAUGGGCAUGUCCUGGGGGCUCUGCAGCUGGGACUUGUACAGUUACUUAAGCAAGAGCAAUGAGAGCACCUUUGGGGAGGCUCAGCUUGUGCAAAGGCUGGAGAAUGAGUGGACGCCAGGGGCUGACCUUGGUGUGGCAGAAGGCCAGGGGCUUCCUCUGGCUGCCUUGUGUAGAGUGGCCAGGUCGGGUUAAAGAGGCAUCUACGGCCUAGAUGGGGAAGGGGGAGGGGAGGGGUCCAGAGAGGUGAGGGAAGGCCCAUCUGCAGAGCCUUGUGGGAGGAGGGUGAGCAUCUGAGGGACACGAGCGGAGGUAGCCUUUGGGGCACGGAGCUGGGUUUUGGUUCACACAGCUAUAGCUUAGAUCAUGUCCAUCUUCCAACUCUCUUAGGGCCUAAUGGCCUUUGAAGACGUGGCUGUGUACUUCUCCCGGGAGGAGUGGGGGCUCCUGGAUGCAGCCCAGAGGGCUCUGUACCGCCGUGUGAUGCUGGAGAACUUCACCCUCCUGGCCUCGCUGGGACUCUCUGUCUCCCGACCCCACGUGGUCAUCCAGCUUGAGUGUGGCAAGGAGCCCUGGGUUCUCAAUGGGACAGAUGUGACCCUGGCCAGGAAUGCCCAGAGGAGGCCGAGCCCUGGUGAGUGGGGGCUCAGGGGUGUGAACUUGGGGCCAACCUAUGGCCAAGCUUCUGUCCACCUUCCCUCCUGGAUGCUCUCCUCUCCAGCUUCCCACCCGACCGACUCCUUUCACCAUCAGCCUCUUCUGGAGGCUCCGGCUUUGGCUGCCCUUGAAGGGGAGCUCCAAGGGCCACCCCCAGGCCGUGGUGAGACCUGCUCAGAAUCCCACCCUCAGCCAGUCUGUGUGGCCUCAGACCCUGCCCGUCUUCCCUCACCACCUCAUCUGUGGGGCCGUUUGUUCACGUGUUCAUCGUUGAGCACUUGCAGUGGCCAGUCCCGUUCGUGGCACUGGGGACACAGCCUUGCCCAGCCCGCUCCUGGUCCUGCCUUUGUGGGGUUGACCCUGCUAGGGGAGAGGCAGUCAGCAAGCAGAGUUGCUUCCCCUCAUCUGGCAGAGAACAGAGAUGUUUCUGGAGAAGCAACAUUGCCAGGGCCCUUCCAGGACGGCCCCCCUCUGGCACCGACUAGGGUUCUCCCCAGCGCUGGUGCCUCUGAGUGUGGGAAAAGCCUGGAGGGUCGGCGCGGCGUGUCCCCCUCUCGGGAGAGGAAACCCACAGGGGUGUCUGUGAUCUACUGGGAAAGCGGCGAGGCCAGCGUCAGCCUGCGGCUGACCUCUUCUCUGCGGGCCCCACCCGGGGAGAAGGCCCUCGCAGACCACCCUGCACCAGGCAAGCAGCCGAGGGCAUCGGAGCGGCAGAAGCUGUACGCAUGCGAGGCCCCGGGGAGAGCCUUCCCGGGCGCCCCAGAGGCUCAGGGGGACCGAGGAAUGGGUGAGGCUUGGCGCGAGCCUCAGAGACUGCUUGCUGUCUCAGAGCCCCCGACCUGGGCCGAACUGGGCGAGGCCCUGCACGCUGGCCCCGGCCUCCUCUCUGGGGAGAAGCCCUUCGAGUGCAGGGCGUGCAGCAAGGUGUUCGUGAAGAGCUCGGACCUGCUGAAGCACCUGCGCACCCACACCGGGGAGCGGCCGUACGAGUGCGCGCAGUGCGGCAAGGCCUUCAGCCAGACGUCGCACCUGACGCAGCACCAGCGCAUCCACAGCGGAGAGACGCCCUACACGUGCCCGGCCUGCGGCCAGGCCUUCCGGCACAGCUCCUCGCUGGUGCGGCACCAGCGCAUCCACACGGCCGAGAAGGCCUUCCGCUGUGCCGAGUGCGGCAAGGCCUUCAGCCACCGCUCCAACCUCAGCCAGCACCGCAAGAUCCACGCCGGGGGCCGGCCCUACGCGUGCACGCGCUGUGGCCGCAGCUUCUGCCGCAACUCGCACCUGAUCCAGCACGAGCGCACGCACACGGGCGAGAAGCCCUUCGCCUGCGCGCUCUGCGGGGCCGCCUUCAGCCAGGGCUCGUCGCUCUUCAAGCACCGGCGCGUGCACACCGGCGAGAAGCCCUUCGCCUGCGCGCAGUGCGGCCGCGCCUUCAGCCACAGCUCCAAUCUCAGGCAGCACCGGCUGCUGCACACGGGAGAGCGGCCUUUCCGUUGCUCGGACUGCGGCAAGGCCUUCGCCAAGGGCGCCGUGCUGCUCAGCCACCGACGCAUCCACACGGGCGAGAAGCCCUUCGUGUGCGCACAGUGCGGCCGCGCCUUCCGCGAGCGUCCGGCCCUCUUCCACCACCAGAGGCUCCACACCGGUGAGAAGCCAGCGCGGCGGCCCCGGGCCAGCCCGCUCCCCCAGGCCAGGCCUCCUUCGGGGGCAUCGUGUGAAGGCACACUGGGGAAGGAAGCCGGGCCCACUGCUGCCUCAGGCCCAGCCACGGUUCCAAAGACAGCUGAGCCUUGAGGUCGCAGCCCCGACCUUCCCCGGCCUGUUGUGAGUCCCUUCCAUGGGUACGGGGCCCCGCCCUCUGCAGAGCCACGCUGUGGAGAAGCUCUGCACGUGCACUGCCAUCCCCCCUGCACGUGGUGACAAGAUUUGCCUCUUGUCAGCCACAGCUCACUCCUCCAGGCCCAAGCGGUCACGCUGAACAAAGGCCAGGGGGAGGCCAGCAUGGUGCUGCCAGUUCGCCCAUAUUUUGACUGUGCGCGCGAACGGGAAGCGCUGGGACGGGGUGGAGGUGGUCCUGAGAACUUUCUGAGGUUUACACCCAACCUACAGGGUCUGUGUGGAACCUCUCCACCCCUACCCCCAGCGUAUUCCCCCAGCCCUCAGUUCAUCCAGGGCUUCCUGGGAACAGGCCCAGAAGACAGGAAGUCAUGGGGGAGGCAGGUACUGGCUUCGGACAAGUGGCUGGGCUCUGAGCCUCAGCUCCCUCCUCUAGGGAAGAGAAAAGAUUCAGCCCUGCAGAGGGUAUUUGCAGCACCCUGACAGGCAGCAUCUCGAUAAGGGCCAAUACGUGCCAACCGCCAGCCCCCGUUCUGAGCGCUGCACAGUUUCUCCUGACAGCUCUGUGAGGUGGCUGCUGUGGCUAGUAUCCCCACUUCUCAGAUGAGGAGACUGAGGCACAGAGAGGGGACGUGAGUUGCACAAGAGCAGGGCCACCGGCCCAGCAUCCAGAGAGCUCCCCACUUUACCCCCACACUUAGCCUGCCAGCCCUGAGGGCUGGGUGAAGGCUGCGUGGCUUGCUGCUCACGGCGGACCCUCAGGAGGUGGAGGAGGGUGGGGGCGGGAAGUCCCCGGGUGAAGGACGGAGAUUGAGAGUGAUGGUUCCCCAGCUGUGCUGGUGCAUUCAGAGUGUGGUCCAAGCCUCAGCUUUGGCCGUGUCCUGUUGUUGCCAAAGUCAGCGAUACAGGAGCCUUUCCAUCCCCACUGCCUUGACUGGAGGUGACCGUAACAACAGGUGCAGAGGAGACAAGAUGGGGCUGCUCGAUUCCCUGGGGUCCAGUGGCCACGUGCCUGCCAUUACCUAAGGCAGUGUGUGGCGCCCUCCCAAGAUCCCCUCCCCCGUGUGACAUAACCCACAGGGUGGGGACACUGAGGCAGACAAGUUAGGUGGGGGCCUGGUUGGCUUCUUGUGGCCUUCAACAGACAAGCCCCAUCUCCACCUUGGGCCUCACCCGCAGGAAGUUAAUGGUGUUUUUACUGGGGGUAAAAAAAGACUAGAACUUACAGCUUGGAAUGGAGGGACAUUGUAAAUUCUUGCAUGGCACUGUGUAGGUCCACAGCCUCAGCCUCCAGGUCAUGGUGCAGAAGGUUUUAAUACAGAGUCCAGAGAGGCUCUCUAAUAAAGGUUUCUUUUUAAAAACGUGA